CUCGGCUAGAAGGAGGAACAAUAGGAAGCUGCGCUCAGAGGGAAGCAAGCGGGCACAGUUCGCGCAGCCAUCUCUAGGACCCCUAGAGCGGACCGUAUUCCCUGCGGGUGCUCCUUCCGGGCCGAGGGAGGCGCGCCACCUGCCUGACUGAGGCUGCGCGAACUCGGGGGUUUGGGAGAGGCGUCCUUCGCGCGCGCGGUGCGUCGCCCGGGAGACGGGGGCGGGGCCGGCGGGGAGACUGCUGUCUGAAGGCGCGCUAAACGCAGAGGCGGGAGCAGGUUGCGAGGUCUGUGGGACUGUCUAAGUCAGUCACCUUCCUCAGAGACGUCUCCCAUCGCCAGGCCCGAAUGUUGGGCUUCUCCAGUUAGAAGGGGGAAGAUAAAGACUUUUUGAUUCAUGAAGAAUCUGAUUACUAAGAAGUCCCUAUCAAGCCACUGGUUGAAUUUCCAUGAAAAAGUGAUUAAGCAGAGAAUGGAGAAGAAGGUUGAUUUCAGGUCUUUUAGGGAUGGAGCAAGCCAAUCACUGCAAGAUGGUGCUCUUAAGAAACCUUAUUCUCCAAAGAUACUGUCCAAAAAGAAGCCUUCUGUAUUCUGUGGGAUCCGGAGGAAGGUACCUGGUGCCAAUCUCCCAGUGCAAUCUCAUGCCUCACGUACUUGGACCCGACAGGGCCGCUUAAAGGAGUUGCACAUCAGAUGCGUGGCCAGAAAGUUCUUAUAUUUGUGGAUUCGAAUGACUUUUGGAAGAGUAUUUCCCUCUAAAGCCAGGUCUUACUAUGAACAGCAAAUAUUACAGAAGGUCUUUGAUAAAUGGAAAGAAGAGUGGUGGGUUUCCCAUCAUGAGUGGAAACUCUGUGUUCGAGCGGAUUGUCAUUAUAGAUACUACUUGUAUAACCUGAUGUUCCAGACCUGGAAGACCUACAUGCAUCAGCAGCAGGAGAUGAGGAACAAGUACAUCAGAGCUGUAGGCCAUUAUGUAAAACAAAAGAUGCGACAGGCCUGGAAGUCCUGGUUGAUCUACGUGGUUGUUCGUAGGACCAAACUUCAGAUGCAGGGCACCGCUCUGGAGUUUAGGCAAAGGAGUAUCUUAAGGAUGUGGUGGAGCGAGUGGAGACGGCAGCUAGGACAGGUCCAAGAGAGCCAUGCUCUCCAUGCCUCUGCGGUGAAGCACAGAGCCCUCAGCCUCCAGCUGCGGGGUUGGUCACAGUGGCGAGAACAGCUUCUACAUAAACAAACAGAAAAAGAGAAGGUGAUCUCUGCAGGGAAACACCAUCAGCACUGGCAGAAACGGAGAGUGCUACAGGCCUGGCUUGAAUACUUACAAGUUCGCAGAAAGAAGAAACAGCAGAAUGAGAUGGCUGAGCGAUUCUAUCAUGUCACUGUGCUCCAGAUACACUUCAGUGGUUGGCAAUGGGCCUGGGAGCAGAGAGAGAGCUUGUACGCCCACCAUGCCCGGGUGGAGGAUCUGGCCAGGAGGAUGGUGCUGCGGCGGGCCUUUGUACACUGGAAACAUUACAUGCUGCUGUGUGCAGAAGAAGCUGCCCGGUGUUCGAUGGCAGAAGAGCACUAUCAGCUCACCCUGCUGCAUUUUUGCUUUCGAGCCUUAAAACACAAUGUGACCCGUGCCCAUCUCCAUCGGAUAAGAAGGAAUCUUGCUCACCAGCAACAUGGAGUCAUGCUAACGCGCAGGUUCUGGAACCUCUGGCAGUUCCGGAUUGAGCAGAGGGAGGAAAUAGCUCAUCUCCCCUUGCUGCGUGCUGCCUGGAACCACUACAGGAUAACAUUGUUGUGCAAGUCUGUCAGAUUGUGGUCGCAGUAUACUCGGAGGAGGCGAGAUAAGCAGCUGCUACAGGCCAGAGCAGAUGGUCACUUCCAGCAGAGAGCCCUGCCUGCUGCCUUCCACACAUGGAACAGACUCUGGCGAUGGAGCCAGCAGGAAAGUGUCCUCAAUGCAAGAGCAGCACGGUUUCACAGGGUGACAUUGGAGAAGCAAAUGUUUGCUAUUUGGUGGCAGAAGAUGUUUCUACAUCGAGAAAACCGUUUGGCAGAGAGAAUGGCUAUCCUUCAUGCAGAGCGGCAGCUUCUGCAUAGGUUCUGGUCCACAUGGUGCCAGCAGGCAGCAGCAUAUCACCAGGAACGUGAGCGGCGAGCAGUGGCCUGUGCCCACCACCGGCACAGGCAGCUCAGGAGUGCUUUCUGCAUCUGGAGGGAAACUGCCCAAGGGCUCAGAACAGAGAGGAUGGGCAGGGUGCAGGCGACAGAGUUCUACUCAGCACAGCUCCUGCGUUGGGCCUGGAACCGGUGGAGGGAGUGCCUGGCCCUGUGUGGACUGGAGCGGCGGAAGCUGCAGCUAGCAGACCUGCAUCACCAGCACCGCCUGCUGCACAGGGCGCUGCUGACCUGGGUGACUUACCGGGACAGGGUGCGACAUGUCCUUCGGGAGGUGGCAGCCAGGGAGAACUGGCACAACAGGCAGCUGCUGCGGGGUGUGUUACAUCGCUGGAGGGGGAACACUGUGGCCCGUGUGGAUGAAGCCAGGAAAACUUCCCAAGCCCGUGCGCACUACAGAAGGACUCUGUGUUCCAAGGUCCUGGUCCAGUGGCAGGAGAAUGCAUCAGUGCAGAUUUAUUACCGACAGCAGGAGGACUGUGCUGUCAGGGAGGCCCGGAAGAUGCUGGACAGGGGCUGUCUCCGGACCUGGUUUCGUUGCUGGUGGGACCGCAGCCAGAGGUCAGCCCAGCAGAGAGUCAAGCUGGAAAGGGCAGCCCGAUAUCACCACCAGCAGCUACUGCUGAAGGGCGUGGCCCAGUGGAAGACGCACCAUCUCGGUUGUGUCAGGAAAAGGCUCCUGCAGCAGCAGGGCACUCACUUCUUGGCACACAGACUCCUCCGAGCCUGCUUCCACCAGUGGAUACAGCAGCUGGCGACCAGAAGGCAGGAGCAGCAGGCAACAGCUCGGGCCCUGUGGUUCUGGGCCUUCUCGCUCCAGGCAAAGGUGUGGGCUGCAUGGCUGGGCUUUGUGCUGGAGAGGAGGAGGAAGAAGGCACGGCUGGAGCAGGCGGUGCAGGCCUACCGUGGGCAGCUCCUCCGGGAGGGUGCCACACGCCUCCUGCGCUUCGCAACUGCCACAAAGGCCUUCAGGCAGCAGCUGCAGGCCCAGCAACAGGUCAAGGUAGGCUGGUGCCCAACAUUCCCAUGUGGACCAGGUGGGGUCUGGUGCAAGCUGACAAGGGCCCUAUCACAGGCAGCCCACACCCUCCACCGGGCAGUCCGUCACUGUGCCACGCUCUGGAAACAGAAGGUGCUGGGCUGCGGUGGGAAGUCUCAGCCUCCAGCACCAGUUGCAGCCAGUAGGAGAGUGACAUUUGAGGGUCCCCUUCUCGACCAAGCUAUUGCUGGUGCUGGGGAUGCCACCCUGGAAUCCAAGAGGCCCCGAGCUCUUCAACCUCAGGAAGCCCUGGGCAGCCUGGCCACAGGAGAACCCCACCUCCAGGAGCUCCCUGGUCAGCCUGAAGGAACAGACCCUGUGAUUCCUCCCAGCAGUGCUGCCCGCUCAGCAAGGAAGCAGCCGAGGCGCCCACACUUCCUGCUGGAGCCCAUGCAAAGCCAGUGGUCCCUGGGGUGUGGCACCCUUGGAAGGCAGGGGGGUGAGAUGCUGCAGGAGUGUGGCCUAAGCAUGACCAAAGCAGCGAAGGCUGCCCUAACAGAGGCUUCAAAAGCACCAGCCCCAAGCAGUCUCCUGCCUGGGGCCAUGUCAAGUGCCCCCAGCCCAAAGCUGACCCCCACUGCAAGUACAGGCUCGGAGCUGCUGCUGCUACCUCCUUCCUCCUUCAUGCCUCGUGGGGUAGAAGCAGCAGCCAGGGUGUCAGCACAGCCAACCACCCCCAGGCUAAAGCCCCAGGCCCCCCGUCUCCUCCCUGGGGACUUUAGGGACACCAAGGCUCGGCCUGGCUCUGAAGCUGCAGGCUGUUUGGAUCUGGAGGCCGAGCUUGAGGGGAUCCAGCAGCAGUUACAGCACUACCAGGCCACCAAGCAGAACCUCCGGUCCUGUCAGCGGCAAGCCAGCAGCUUGCGCAGGUGGUUGGAGCUGAGCCGAGAGGAGCCCAGGCCCGAGGACCAGGAAAUGGAGCUGCGGGUGCAGGAGGAGCUAGAGGAGGUGAGGCCCAGGCCAGCCUCUGGGACAACCCCACCUCUGGCUGUUUCUCCUCUCAGCCCAGACUAUCCCAUGCCAGGUGGAGCGGCAGAUCCAGCAGCUGAUCAAGGAGCUCCAGGCGCAGCGCCAGCCCAUCAGCUCCUGCGUUGGCCGCAUCCAGGCCCUGCGGCUCACCCUGUGCUAGUGUCUUUGCCCCUGGCCCUCUCCAGGAGCAGACUGCAAAGCCACACUGGGUUUUAG